GAGAAAAAAAGCGGCUUUUAAAACAAAUAUCACUAGUGCCCCCUGCCCAUAAGAAGUUGACUCCAGUCUUCACUAGGAGCGAAACACAUCAACCUGAUGGCCGGAACAAGCUCCAGAGCGCUUCUCGCUGUAGCUAUUUAUGCUCUGAUUGGACACAUGACCGUUCCGAUCCUUGCCGAAGAGGAGGAGGUUCGUGUAGAGGACGGUUCCUGUCCGAAACAGUUCUACAACAACCAGAACAUCACGGUGGUGACACCGCCCGGGCCUGUCGGACCUAAAGGGGACAUGGGACCCACAGGUGAGAAGGGUGAGCCAGGUGAGAAGGGCCGGAGAGGAGCUCCAGGCGAGACAGGUCCGGUCGGACCGGCAGGUGAAAAGGGAGACAAAGGUGAGCAGGGACCGGCAGGUGAGAAGGGGAUACCUGGAAACCUACUCACUCCACCUGUCGUGGCGUUCUCCGUGGCAAGAACGACCAGCCUUAGAAAUCCUGGGGUGGACACGGUGCUGACGUAUGACGUCAUCCUUAGCAACGUGGGCGAGGACUACGACGAAGAGACGGGGAAGUUUGUCGCAGAGGUGGGAGGCGUCUACUUUUUCACUUUCACCGGCAUGACAGUCUGGUCACCUGGGAAAGACUACUUCAUCAGUCUGAAGAAGAACGGAGAGAAGGUGGUCAACCUGCACGAACACAACGGCAACGAACGUCAGCACCAGUCCAGCAGUAACAGCGCCAUCUUUCAGCUGCAGGCUGGGGACGAGGUUUGGGUGGAGAUGAAGGGAUUCGACAACAGUUUGUUUAGUAAUGACGACUGUUACCUCACGUUUAGCGGGUUCCUCAUCCACGCUGUCUGAGAGUAAGGUCAAGGAAAACCAUGUGUCAUACAGAAAUGUCUAAGGUGCGCGGUCACAUAGGUCGUGAGAUCGUCGUACGAUCGCUAUCUUCGGGCAUUUUGGAGAACAAUCGUGUACGUCUCCUACAACGUUCAACUGUUUUGGUACACAAAACGCUGUUUUGGACCCAUGUCGGUGGUUCGCUCUGUCGUGUCCGACGACCUGCUUGAAAAUCCUAUGGCAUCAAAGUCGUACGACGAUCGCACGACCUAUGUGACCGCGCCCUCACAAACGUUAUAUGAUUACAAACUAGGGGUAUCAUUAGAAUAGGCAUGCAUGUUUCUUGCAAAAGUUCAGCUAUAUUGUUACCGAAAAGGCUGUCUUAGAUCCUUGACGGCGCUUGGUUCUGUCAUGCACGACCUGUUUGAAAAUCCUACGAAAUCAAAUCAUACGACGACCUACCGCGAAUGUGACUGCACUUUGGUUUCAGAAGACAUAAUCAUAGUAAUAGAUAUUUGCGUAGAAUAGAAUAGAAGCCGAAUCUUUGUUUUCCUAUGGAAAUAUUGUAUUGUGGUUUGUAGUGUUUGUGAUAUUCUUGGUUAUAUUGAGUUAAAUCCAUUGUUUUGACAACUGAUGUUUAUGGAAAAUAAAAUCUUUCUUCAAGUUCUUGAAUGAAAACAAUUUGCCCUACAAUGAUUGAAGUGCACUUUGGUUUUCGAAGCCAUGCGUUACAAAAAUGUAAAACCUUUGUGAUCCUAUGGUUUUGAGUCAUCAGUAAUUUAUUCUCCUACAUGUCCGGUUGUAGCUAUAGAGGAGGAAUAGCUCUUUUCGUUUAUCAAGAAAACAGCUUGGUAUAUGUCCAUUUUGUAGACAAUGUUGUGUUUGUCUUUACUGAUGUUGAUCGGAAACAUGGGCUUGAAAUCUCAACAUCAGAAACUUGAAUA